AUGCUUAUGGAUGUCGAAAGUAUUCUUGACGAACGAGUUGAUCAAUAUGAUCUAGAGAGGUUUCGCGAAGCUUACGAAACCCAACGUAAGCGAGGUUCACCAAGUGCGAUUGCAACGUUCAACUAUGGGACUGCUCUAAUACGAUCCACAAAAGCCGAUGUUGUUGAAGGGACAGAAAUUCUUGAAAAACUCUUGCGAGAAGAGCCCGAUGAUGUGAACAAAAGAGAUUACGUUUACUUUCUUGCCAUCGCCAAUGCUCGUUUACGCAACUAUGAUCGAGCCCUUGCAUAUAUUGACAUUCUGCUUGCGGCUGAAACUCACAACAGGCAGGCUUCACAACUUCGUGAAAUCAUCGAAAAAAGAAUGAGAAAAGAUGGUCUCUUCGGACUGGCCGUCAUCGGUGGAGGGGCUGUGGUUGUGGCUGGAAUCGUUGCUGCACUUUUUGCCUCGAAGAAGUGA